GGGCUUUGGCCCCUUACCCAGCACCCAUACCCGGCAGAGUUGCGAGUUUCCAGCGAGAGGGGAUCUGCAGCUAAGCAGAAGCAGGGUGGUCGACGUCCGCCGUCCGCGUGUCGUUGACAGCAGCGGUGGUCAAGCCGAUCCGCGUACCAGUGCUGAGUCUACCGUCUACAGUCCACGGGUCUGUUCUGCUCUAUUCGGGCAACACUACCACAUAACUCUACGGAGAUACAACUCACCAUAGUCUAUACAAUAUAUAUUAAAUAUACCACUACAGCACGGCUUGCUUUCAGCCUUCGUUCUUUAGCUUCAGUCCACGGUGUCGCGACAGUUCAUGCCGGUCUCUCGCGCCAGUCUGUUGUUCCGCGUCCGUCUCUCCGUAAAUAAUAUUAUUGAGUUUCCAUUUAUCCAGUUUAAGUAUUAAAUAAAAUUAAUGAUUAAUUAAAUAACUAACAUAUUUUAAAUAAUUAUAAAUUUUUAAAUAAACCGCGUAAGUUUUUUAUUUAAUUAUCAGUAUUAAGUACAAGUAUAAAAAUAAAUUUGUAUCAGUGCAGUGAGUGAGUUUGUUUUCUGUUUUGUUUUUCUGAGCUGUCAUCUGUCCAAGAAAAUCAAGUUUUUGCCUGGACUAAUCUUUCAUGCUCAAAAAUUCCAUACAUAUUUUCUGGCUUGCAGAGUUCACUGGGAAGCGACAAAGUGCAAUUUUAGUUGAUAUCAUGCUCAAAAGAAGCUAACUGGAUACGAACGCGUAGAAUAGUAAAUUAUCGCCUUUUACUCGAUAAAUAAAAAACUUUCCAUAUCAAUUUCGACAUAUCGCAUUAACCAGCACUUCUUUAGAAAUAAAUUUAUUUGGCGCUCUUUUAUUACUCUCCGGGACAUAAAUCUGCCGUAUUAUAAGUAAAAAGUGCCAUAAAGUUUUGUAGGAUUGAAAAGUUAAGAAAAAAAUAAAUAAAUAAAGAGGGUGAAUUAAUUAUUUGGUGAUACUUCGACAUAUCUUUUGGAAAGUAAAAUGCUUGAUUGUAAUAAAAAAUUCAUCGUAUUAAUUUAAGUAGAUAUCAAAUUGGAUAAAAACAAUCAAACGGCAGCAGACAAUUAUACAGGAGUGGUGAAAAAAAAAAAAAUAAAUAAAAAUUGGGAGUUCUCACGGUGAAGAAAAGCUUAAGUCGUUUUGAGUGACGGAAAAGAAUAAAAUAACUGAGACAAAAUGUUGCUGAGGUAACGCCGAGCGUCCGGCUUUACUUGGGAAUUAGUAGAAAAAUUGCCGACGCCGGCGAAAUUAUACAGGUAAAAAUAAAAAUAUCAACAUUGAGAAAGAAGAUUAAAAAGAAGACGUAAUUUUGCUCGAUAUAAAAAGGAGGAAAAUUUCUUUAAAAGUGAUAAAAGAAAUAAGAAAAUAAGAGAUAACGUAAUAAUAAUAAUGGCGGCAUUUCCACGGCGACGGUCAUUAUGGCUUAAAGCGGCGGUACUGGGUACUACUGUUUGGCUGACUAUUUGUUUUCUACUUUACACCGAAGACAGAACGGCACCGGAUGUCCAGGGUUUAGCGCCAUCGGGGGUUGCUGCACCGCAAAUCGCAAAUGAUUUAGUUCCUGUUGUUAAACAAGAGACCGCUCCACCCGUUAACAGAGUUGAGAUUAAUCAACCAUCUGGUCCCGAGCAAGGGGCGGGAGUGCUGGCUGCUCCUAAAGAGCAAGAUCCAGGUGAAAUGGGUCGCCCAGUUGUUCUUCCAACGAACCUCACUGCCGAGGUAAAGAAACUCGUGGAUGAUGGAUGGAUGAAUAAUGCAUUUAAUCAGUACGUGAGCGACCUGAUAUCAGUCCAUCGAUCUCUACCGGAUCCACGAGACGAAUGGUGUAAACAACCCGGCAGAUACCGAACCGACUUACCAGCAACGGCGGUAGUUAUUUGCUUCCAUAACGAAGCCUGGUCGGUUCUGCUGAGGACGGUUCACUCGGUACUGGAUAGAUCACCAGAGCACCUCAUCCAGGAAAUUAUCCUCGUCGACGAUUACUCCGACAUGCCUCAUCUAAAGAGGCAGCUGUUAGACUAUAUGAUGAACUACCCGAAAGUUAAAAUAAUCCGCGCGUCAAAGCGUGAAGGAUUAAUCCGCGCCCGUCUGUUGGGAGCUGCCGCUGCUACAGCACCUGUUCUCACCUACCUAGACAGCCAUUGUGAAUGCACUGAAGGGUGGUUAGAACCCUUGCUGGAUCGGAUUGCCAGGGAUCCAACCACGGUUGUCUGUCCUGUGAUCGACGUUAUCGACGACACUACUUUAGAAUACCACUGGCGCGAUUCCGGUGGUGUUAAUGUCGGAGGGUUUGACUGGAACCUCCAGUUCAACUGGCAUGCAGUACCGGAACGUGAGAAAAAGCGGCACAAAAAUUCAGCAGAACCUGUUUGGUCGCCGACGAUGGCCGGCGGUUUGUUCGCAAUCGAUCGGGCCUUCUUUGAACGGCUUGGAACUUACGAUAGCGGCUUUGACAUUUGGGGUGGUGAAAAUUUAGAACUCUCUUUUAAAACUUGGAUGUGUGGAGGUACUUUAGAAAUAGUACCGUGCUCGCAUGUCGGUCACAUCUUCAGAAAGCGCUCGCCAUACAAAUGGAGAAGUGGAGUAAACGUGCUCAAGAGAAAUAGCAUUAGACUGAGUGAGGUGUGGCUAGAUGAAUAUGCACAGUAUUAUUAUCAACGUAUAGGUCAUGAUAAGGGUAAUUAUGGAGACGUAUCGGAGCGUAAGCAGCUGAGAAGUAAACUUGGAUGUAAGUCAUUCAAAUGGUACCUCGACAACGUCUACCCGGAGCUGUUUAUUCCAGGAGAAGCAGUCGCUUCAGGCGAGAUCCGGAAUCUCGGCGAAGGUGGAAAUACUUGUUUGGAUUCACCAGCUCGUAAGUCCGAUUUACACAAACCAGUGGGUUUGUAUCCUUGCCAUCGACAAGGAGGCAACCAGUACUGGAUGCUGAGUAAAACCGGAGAAAUCCGUCGAGAUGAGUCAUGUCUGGAUUACAGUGGUACUGAUGUCAUCUUAUAUCCUUGUCACGGAAGCAAAGGAAACCAACAAUGGAUUUAUAACUCUCAGACGAAACAAAUAAGACACGGAAGCAGUGACAAAUGUAUGUCAAUAACAGAAAGCAAACAACGACUACUAAUGGAAGAAUGCUCACCUAGUGCGCCUCGGCAAAGAUGGUCUCUAGAAAACUACAAUCCAUCAAAACUGUGAUAUCGAUUGUCUCGCCGUAGAUCUUCAUUAUUAUCAUCAUCCUCCAUAAUAUCAUCUUCACUGUCAAAUUACAAGUCCAACGGGAUUAAAUCAAGAAUAUAUCAACGCUACGCUGCCGUUAAAUAUCUCGUCGAUUAAUUAAUACCUACUAAUUAAUUAUAAUUAAUAAAUAAUAAUAACUCCAUUAAAUUAAUUAAAUCGACGUGAAUAGACUUUUUUUCGAGAUUUAUUUUUAAUGCGCGAAACUUAACGCACACAUGAAAGUUUGUAAAUAUUCCAAUUUAUAUUAAUAAUUAUAAUGAUUAUUACUAUUCUUGUAAUAAUAAGAGAUAAGAUAUUAAUUUAAAGGUUUAUAAUUAUGAUUGUAAUUGAUAAUUUGAAAGGUAGAUUGCAUUAAACAAUGCAUUAAUUGGACAAAUGAACUGUCGACUGCGUGGAUAUUUUUACGGUACCUCGUACUUGGCGCAAGACACUGCCGUGUCUCUGAGUUGUUACUGUAAGCGCGGGAAAUUAAAUGGCAUUCGACGUUUCGUUUAUCUCAGACCUUUCAAAUUAUUAAGUGAAUAUUAAUAUUGAAUAUUGAUUGUUAAAAGGUUAACAAUUAUAUGUAUUAAGAUUUUUUAUUGUAUUAAGAGUAACGGAGCAUUCCAUUGUACAUUCGUGUAUAUUACAUUUAAUGCCAGUUUGGUUAGUUUCGACGUAUGGUUUGAUUAAAGGUUGAAGGUUUAAUGUUCCGAGGAUUUAAUAAUCAAAAUAAUUGUAAAAAUUUGGAAAUGAGAUUAAUUGGAUUGGUGGGGGUUAAAGUUUGGAUUACGUCGAGUACUGAAGUUUUAAUAUCAUUAGAAAUAUUUAUAGUGGUGAUAAGAAAAAAUUUUGUUUUGUUGUUAAGAAGAAUUUUUUUCUUUAAUUAUUUGUGAUUUUAAAUCCAUGAUUUGAGAUUUAAGAUUAAUGAUCUAUGAUCUAAAAUUGGUGAUUUUUAAUCCAUGAUUUAGAGUAUUUAAUUAAUAAUCUAUAACUCAUGAUGGAUA